GAAGCCAGAAGAAUAAAUCCUAAUUAACCUCAAACGUUAACAGUAAACAAAAUUCAAAAUAAAAAUUAUUGAAAUUAUUUUGAAAAAUGAAUCCCCUAACGAAUAUGAAAAAUGUGUUGAAACUAAGCGAGCAGGAGUUGAAUAACAAAAACAAGACAUCUUGGCAUGAUCAAUAUAAAGAUAGUGCAUGGAUUUUUGUGGGAGGAUUGCCUUAUGAUUUAUCAGAAGGGGACAUCAUCUGUGUUUUUUCUCAGUAUGGUGAAAUAGUUAAUAUUAAUCUCAUCAGAGAAAAAGACACUGGCAAAUCCAAAGGUUUCUGUUUCCUCUGCUAUGAGGAUCAGAGAUCAACUGUAUUGGCAGUUGACAACUUCAAUGGCAUCAAAAUAUUGAACAGAAUUAUCAGGGUUGAUCAUGUAGCUGGUUAUAAGGUACCAAAGGAGGGUAAAAAGACAGAUGAAGUGACAAAGCAGUUAUAUUCUGAUGGAUGUGCUCCUCAGCUCAUACCAGUUAAGAAGAAGAGUCCUCCAAGAGAUGUGAGGGAAACUCUUGGAAAUCAGAUAGAGGCAGAUAUAAAGUUACCCCUCAGAUUGCCCAUUUAUAUCAAAGAAGAAAAGCUUGAUGAGGUGCCUGUGAAAACUGAAAAAACAAGUGACCAAGAAUCAGAAAAAGAUACCAGUUCAAAAAAGAAGAAAACAAAAAAGAGAAAACAUGAUCAUGCUAGCACAGAUGAUGAGUCUAGGAAGUCAAAGAGUCAUAAGAAAAGUAAGAAGCAUGAUAAACAUGAUCCCAACUACAAAAAAUCAAAAAAAGAUCAUUAUAGUAAAUAAAAUUGAAAUGAAAUACAUCAAUACAUUUCUGCCUCACUUUUAUUCUUUUCAUCAGUGUGAUCUUGGAUAAACUCCUUAUUUGAGUAAGCUAUGGAAAACUUGGAUACACCAGCAUUAGCUAUUUCAGCACUACCUAAACAUUCCCCAUUUUUUGAAAAUACAGCAUAUUGUCCCCCAGUAAUAGCACGUACUUCCUCAGAAAGUUUGACUGUGAGGCCUUUUCUAGUCUCACAUACUUGGCAUGGUAUCCAAGGAUGAGUGUGUUGAAAUUUGAACUGGCAUUCAAGAAUAUCUCCUGAUUCCAGUUCAGUGGGACGCUUAUUGAUCCAAUGGGGUUUAUGAGUGAAAAGAAGGUCUGAGUUCAGUAUUG